AUGGCUUCAAACUCGCAAAGUGCAGUCGCGCCACGGCUGCGUAAAAAGCGAACGCCGACGGCCUGCGGUGCGUGUCGGGCGUCCAAAGUAAGAUGCAAUGGCGGAAACCCAUGCACGAGAUGUCGCUCUUUGAUGAAAUCUUGCAAUUUCACCGAGCGCCCGAAAGAACCCUACCAAGAGAAAAUCGAUGCGCUCAGUGCUGAAGUGUCAAAUUUAAGAAAACGCUUCUCCACAAGUCCAAGUGAUAUUCAGGAACCAGUUUCGACUGGCUCGGACUCCCGAGUGACAGCGCCGCUCGUUGCCGUCCAUGACAGCGCUUCUCAACGCUCCAGCUUAGCUCAUCGUGAGAUCCAACCAGCUGAAGUCAACUUGGGCUUUCGCAGAAGUCGAAGAUCGCACUUCACAACCAAAGUCGGGCAGGCGCCAGAUUUCGUCUCCGUCGGCCUCAUCACCUCGGAGCAAGCCGACCGCUAUUUUUCGACUUUUUUUGAUGGCUGCGACCACUACGUUCCCGUUUUCGACCCCGGCCUCGAUACGGUGCAGAGCGUCCGACAACGUUCCAGCCUCUUGUUUGGGGCGAUAUGUACAGUAGGCUGCCGCGUCGUGUGCGGCACGGAAUCACGCCAGUGGCGGCUGCUCAACUUCCAUCUCAAGCGCAUGCUCGGCAGCGUCAUGUCGGCUCCCGGCGGGACAACUAUGGAAACAGUCCAGGCACUUCUAGUGAGGGCAUGCUACUCUGCCGAAAGAUCAAUUCUCGUCGCGAGUGCCAUACGGCUGGCCAUCGAUAUCGGUCUACCCAGUGCGUACGACGAGUUAAUCGCACGCAUAAGCAAUAAUGAGGCGUCGGAUACAGUAGCGUUGAUGUGCCAAGCGCGCACGUGGCUUCAUGUGCUUGUUCUCAGUCAUAUUCUGCAUGUCGACGCCGGGGACAUGUUGACUGUCAGGUUCGCAGGAGAUCCGCGGCGGGCGAGAAUCAUUCUGGAUGAUCCACGGACCACCGUACUAGACCGAUUUCUAUUUGCAGUAUACGAAGAUGAAGAGGAUAUACUACUCUUGGUACGAGACUCCAAAAUUGACAUUGAGCUCUGGCACGGUGAUUGGGAGCGAAUACUUCAACAGAUGACCAAUGUCCCGCCGUGGAUCGUUGUCAAUCUACGAGUCCAAAAGUGCUGGGCAACCACAAUGGCUCUCUGCCGAGCGGUGCGAAUUGCUGGCACCGAUAAUGUCGAAUUUAUGUCCCCCGCGCAGCGAUCUAUUCUCUCCAUGGCAAAGGAAUCCCUCCGGCUGCACCUACAGACCAUCAUUUCGGAGCCGCGAUCGUAUCUGCACAACUUAAAGUACGCCAUGGAUUUCGUCUGGGCCAAAUGCGCCUUUUGCUAUCUACUGCUUUUGAAGCUAUGCAUCCUAUUGCCGGAAGAGAAUGGCAGCCUUAACGAUGAUCUGAUUGCCUGUGGAAGUAUCCUAUCGAGGGAGCUGAGCGACGCAGGCGGAGCCGGAAUGAUGGGAAUUUCUAACAGUACAGCCAAAAUGUACCUACAGCUCCUGCAGAUUGGCACCGAAAAAUUUACAGGGGCGCUACAAGGUAUUCUAACGCCACCAGCGAACUUGACUCGUUGGCUUGAUGAUAUUCUACUUAGCGCCUUGAAUGGAGGCGGAGACUUUUACGGUUUCAUGGAGCCUGCAUUGGAACUUGGCGAAGGUUGA